AUGAAGUGAGAGAACUUUAGUGAGUUCUUCUAGGACACAACAUUCUUCGUACGUUUUGCAGGAUCUGUAGCAAUCAAUUGCAGCUCUUCAAGCUUAUAUCCGCCGAUGCCCACAGCAAUCAUCGUUAAACCUAAUGAGUUAAAAGCUCCUGUUGAGUUGGACAUUGAUUUCCAUGAAGGAGCAAAUGAAACAGUCGUCUCUGCCUUCGUCUCUCCCAGCAGGCCACGGUACUUUGUCUUGCCAUACAAACUCUUUCAAGGCAUAAAAAAUCUCUACAUUGAGGUUACCCCCAUAUAUGGAACAGUAGGCAUUUAUGCAUCGAGGAAUCUAGAAACACCUGGCCCACAAAACUAUACGUACAAGAUAGACCCUCUCAAUGACAGAGAACAAAUGGUAUUAUACAUAUCUGACCCUUGUGAAGGUUACUCAAACACCACCUGUCCAAACGUCUACCUUGCCAUAUAUGGAGAUUCCUCAACACUCUCUUGCUCAGAACGUUUCUGCACUCUUCCUAAUCAAAUCAAGUUCACAAUAAAGAAAGGUGUCAAACCGGCCUACGGUACUGCCUGCUCCUCGUUCCACAAAUCAGUUUUCCUUGCCAUAGGAAUCCUUAUCGUACAGACAUUCAACCACGUUAUUAUAUAAAUGAAAAAAUAUCUUUCUAUUUACGUCAAACUGAGUCAAUGGACUAGGUUAAGCCAAUAUACCUUUUCCUUUCCAAGCCAGCAUCUUUUUUCCUUACUGCAUGGAACAUAGAAAAAUCAAAGACUCCAAAGUGCAAAUUAAUCAAAUGAUUUAUCGUUCUGAUAUGAUAGCUAUCUAAUCUUAUUUUAUCGUUAAUCAUCCAAUAAAUUGUAUUAUAAUAAAUCCGUCCUUGUUUUUACGAGGGUAACGCUGACUAUAACGAAAAUGUGGCUCUGGAAUUUGGAAUUUAGGAGAUGGUUUUUUGUGAAGGGACGAAAACCGGAGAACCCAGAGAAAAACCCUCGAAGCACAAAAGACUGAACCAUUAGAAACGUCACCGCGCCCAGCAAAACUCUAACCCGGGUCCUUGMUGAGAGGCGAGCGCUCACCGCUAMGACACCCGUGCUUGCCAAACGAGAUACUCACGAUACUUAUAUCUCCGUGAGUACAAAAUUUGAGUCCAAUUUCCUUCASUCCGUUCCAGUCCAGUCCAAGUUGCACAUUUUUGAGUCAGUCAUUUCGUAAUCACUACAGAAUUCAGCAUUCUGAUUGGUCAAAAUGUUUUGAUGCACAUUAAAAUCCAGCCUCUUAUCGAUAUGUAUCAUAUUCUGAUCACAAUCUCAUUUGACGUCAAUCACUGACAAAAGAUCAAMAAUUGGAUUAAGUUGUUUUAAUAA